AUGGGGGCGCCGCCGGCGGGCCUGCCGCCGCAGCUGGGGACUCUGCGAUCGACGCUGGACCAGCACGGGGCGCGGGAACCGCUGCUCGCGUUCGACUGGGGCGUCCCCGACGAAGUGCACUUUGCAGCUGAAGAGCUGCAAAAGAAGAUUGAUGAGAAGUCUUACCUUUUCGUCAAUACAGAAAGAUGGGAAGUCAUUCCAAGGCAUGCCGGAACUGCACAAACUCAUGAUGGUGCCAAUGCUGCUGACAAGGAUGAACCACCCGAGAACACCGCUGUCGAUUCAAUGCACAUAUCAAACAGCUACGCUUCAAACCCGUUCCUGAGCAGAUUCGAUUCUUCAAAUCCGGUCCUCUUCAGAUAUGAUUCAGGAUCAAUGAUAGUCGGUUCAUAUAAGGCGCAAUCAUCAUGGUCUGUCCGACAAUCUUUCCAUCCAAGCUUUCCAUUUGAAAGUGGGGAAUCAAGAACUUACGAGAGCGCAAGCGCCUUGUCGCUGGCCACAUUCGCAUCGCUCCUCAUCGAGUUUGUUGCCCGGCUCCAGAAUCUUGUUGAUGCAUUUGGGGAGUUGAGUGACAAAGCUAACUUCAAGGACCCUGUGGAGGAACCUUCGACAAUCAGCAGGGAGCCUCCUGGGGUUUUAUCUAGAAUACAUGACUUUUUUCGGUUGAAGUGA